UUAACUCCUUAAAAGGUUAACAAACAAAUGCGACCAUUUCAAAGCGCCCUUCUCGGCCUUCCCCUCUUCUGCCCUGCCUUUCCACGCUGCGAUGGCGAUGGCGAUGUUAGUGAGCAUUGUCGGUUUGAUCCUCCUUAUGCUGCUUCUGAUCAUCGUCGUCAUCCUCUUGGCCUGUAAGCCAUGGCGUUUCUUGUUCUCUCCAUCUCGAGCUCGCACGAUCAAGGUCGGUGAUCUAGAAAGGCCUCUCAUUUCUGAUGAUCCAAAUUUGGUCCAAAACCAAAGCAAUGAAUUGGGAACGAAUAAUGUUUCAGAGGGGUCCCUUCUUCAAUCAGAACGAAGUUUUGGCUCACCAAGAGCACAUAACCUUGCCUGUAAACAUAGGCUUUCAUCAACUGAUGCACAUUUUGCACAUGAUAUAACUUCUGAUCCAUCGGAAGAUGUUCUGGUUGGUCAAACACUAAAGCGUACGCUGGUGUCAAACCGCUCAAUCGAACAAAGAAAACAUGCUAGAAAGGAAGCACCAAAUUAUGAUGCUGAUUCACCUAAGGCUGUUGGAUAUCAAAGAAGCAGCCUGACCCUAGAAGUUAUAUCUGGUUCUUCUUGUGGGCUUCGUUUCUCCUUACGAUCGACCAAUACUUCUCAACUUCCGCUGACUCUUGGGAGAGUUCCUCCCAGUGAUAUGUUACUGAAGGAUACAGAAGUAUCGGGAAAGCAUGCCAUGAUAAAUUGGAACUUGAAUACAUUGAAAUGGGAGCUGGUAGAUAUGGGUAGCCUAAAUGGAACACUUUUGAAUUCUCUGGCAAUCCACCAUGCUGAUUCUGGUAGUAGACAAUGGAGUGAACCUGUUGAGCUUACAAAUGGGGAUGUAAUAACUCUUGGCACUUCAGCAAGAAUAUCUGUUCGAAUUACUCAUGCCGAAAACCAAAUUCCCUUUGAGGUUGGUAUGGCAUCUGAUCCCAUGGCCGUCCGUCGAGGAGGGAAAAAGCUUCCUAUGGAAGAUGUUUUCUAUUACCAAUGGCCUCUUCCAGGAGUUGAACAGUUUGGACUGUUUGGCAUCUGUGACGGGCAUGGUGGAGCAGGAGCUGCAAAAGCUGCCAGCAAGAUGCUGCCUGAGAUGGUUGCAAAUAUCUUGUCAGUUUCGGAGAAAAGACAGAGGGUUAUUUCCCUAUGUGAUGCUUCAGAUGUCCUUAGGGAUGCAUUUUCUCACACAGAAGCAUCGUUGAAUCAUCAGUAUGAGGGGUGCACUGCAACGUUGCUUUUGGUUUGGGCUGAUGGCGAGGAAGAGUUCUUUGCACAAUGUGCAAAUGUUGGAGAUUCUGCUUGUGUGGUGAAUAUCAACGGCAAGCAAAUCAAGAUGACGGAAGACCAUAGAGUAACUAGCCAGUCUGAAAGAAAUCGAUUGAAACAAACAGGAGAACCAUUGAAAGAUGGGGAAACACGCUUAUGUGGUCUGAACCUUGCCCGGAUGCUUGGAGACAAAUUUUUGAAAGAGCAGGAUUCCCGCUUUAGUUCAGAGCCUUACAUAAGUCAGGUUGUGCAAAUAAAUAAAGCAAGCAAGGCGUUUGUUCUAAUGGCAAGUGACGGUCUAUGGGACGUCAUUAGCGUCAAGAAGGCAGUGCAGCUUGUAUUUCAGAUGAAGGAGAGAUAUGCUGCCGACAAAGAGAAUUUGGCAGAGAGGAUUGCAAAUUUGGUGGUGAGUGAGGCAAGAACUCUGCGGACAAAGGAUAACACAUCCGUUAUUUUCUUGGAUUUCAAUACAACCAGUAGAACUGCUUCUUGUAAAAUGGAUUCUUGAGUGGACGGUAGGAAGGUUCAACCUACCAUGCUUCAAAUAUUGGCUGUAGAUGCCGCUGUCUUCUUUGAUUCUCAUCUCUAUUCAUUGCAACCAUACAAAAUAUGUAUUAGUGUUGGCUCUGCUUGCUCAGUUGUCUUAGCUGUGAGAGGUGUUGAUGACAAAAUUAUGAAACUUGAGGUUAGGGCCUGGAAGGUGGUUGAUUAGGGUGAGACUGUUAAUUUGUAUUGUUCAGUAGGCAAGGACCUCUUAUAGGUUAGUUCCCAAACUCCCAUUUGAAGCAAUGCUAGAGUUACUAACUCCUCUUAGAUCAAGAUCCUUCACAGCGAGAUGGAGAUAUGAUUGAAUAAUGCAGAUCCUGAAAGCAAAUGCCAUGGAGAGAUAAGAGUCCACAUUCCGAGACAGCAACAGCUUAAGCCAGUCAUGAUGCAGAAUCAAUGCAAUGCAGUGCAAUUGUGUAAAUACCUUCAAACCACUGUGCUUUUGCAGUUCUACAUUAGUGACUAGUGAAUGGUGGGAAUCUCGGAUGCAGUGCUUGAUCCAGGACAGGCUGAUGGAUGGUUCAAGUUCCAUUAUUUGUUUGUCUUGUGGGUGUAUGACUUGCAACUAGAAUCUCACUCAAGCCGAUAGAAAUGUUAACUCUGUAUUUAAUUUUUAUAUAUUAUUUGUGGAUUUAGGUUUCUGGCACCCAUAGUACCGGUAGUCAUGCUGGCAUGUUGGCUACAUGGCUAGCUAUGUGGGAGUUUGGUUAGGGCUUAAACCAUUUUUACAUGCUGUGAACUUCAACUUCUUUUGUUACCCAAAAGAAAAAAAAAACUUCCAUUUCUUUAGUCA